AAGAAAACCCGGAAAGGUGCAAAUAUGGAGUACGAAAAACCCUUAGUCUGUGUUCUCGAUGCUUCAACCUACGUGGGCUUCUGGAUUCUCAAAGGGUUACUUGGGCGGGGGUUCAAAGUCCACGCAGCUAUCCAGCAUGAGAAGAAUGGGGAAACGGAGAUACAGAAGAGAAUCAGGGAGAUGGAGAAGGUGGAAGAGGGAUUGGUAGUGUUUGAUGUGGAUGUUUUGGACUACCACAGCAUUCUUGUGGCUUUGAAGGGCUGCACUGCUAUGUUCUGCUGCCUAGAUAGUCCUGAUGGAUAUGAAGAGAAAAUGGUGGAUUUGGAAGUCAGAGGAGCGAUUAACGUUGUGGAAGCAUGUGCUCAAACAGAGAAGGUGGAGAAGGUUAUCUUCACUUCUUCUUUGACUGCAGCAAUAUGGAGAGACAACAUUUCUUAUCAGAAGGAUGUCGAUGAGAAGUCAUGGAGUGAUCACCAAUUUUGCAGGAAAUUGAAGUUGUGGUAUGCCUUGGCAAAGACGCUGUCUGAACAGGCUGCUUGGGCUUUAGCCAUGGAUCGAAUGCUUAGGAUGGUUUCCAUAAAUUCCGGACUUGUUCUUGGCCCUGGUGUGACACAACAGAACCCUCGCACAACUAUGUCUUAUCUUAACGGAGCGGCUCAAAUGUAUGAAAAUGGGGUUCUAGCAUUCGUUGAUGUCAACUUUCUAGUCGAUAUUCAUAUUCGAGCUCUGGAGGAUGAGUCCACAUGUGGGAGGUACUUGUGCUUUAAUCAAAUAGUGAAUACUGAGGAUGAAGCUAUUAAGCUUGCUCACAGCUUGAGCCCUUUGAUAUCAUUACCACCCAGGUAUGAAUAUCAAGGGAGUGAGGUACAUACCGAGCGUUUGAGGAACGAAAAGUUGAGCAAGUUGGUUGAAGCGAUGCCUAUUAAUUAAUAUGACAUGAUCGUAUUCUUUCCUAAGUUGUAAUCUCCUUGUUAAAAUCAACAACUGUAUGCAGUGGUGAAGCCAGGAUUUGCCGAGGGGUGGGGUGAAAUUCAAAAGAGUGCAAAAUUCAAUCAAAGCGGUUGCUUUUACA